UUUUUUUAAUAAUGGAGAGUUUACCGCUGCUACCAGGAUACAUUUUUUCAGAUACAGAUCCUCUGCUGAAGGAUUACAAAGUGAAACAAAAGCUGAAAUACUCGAACGGCUUGCCAGUGAUAAGGGACGACUUGAAUCCUGAUGAUGUCAAGUGCAACGCAAUGUUCGUCGAGCACAUCCCCGAGUUAACAUACGGUCGUCCACGUGGUUACAAUCUCUUCGAGCACCAGCGUUUCCAGCCGCACUACGCGCUCUACGCACGCAAAUGUCUCAGUUUCGACGCUUACUUCAAGCAAAGUGUCCACGGCUCGCCACUCGAGUAUUAUCGCGUACGUCGCGUGAGAAUCAUUUAUUAUCUCGAGGAUGACACGAUGAUGGUGAGCGAGCCGAAGGUCGAGAACGUGGGGUUUCUUCAAGGGAAAUUGGUGAAGAGACAUCGGAUCCCGAGAUCAAAUGGAGAGGCUUAUCAUUGGAAGGAUCUCAACGUUGGCAUUAAUCUCGAAAUCUACGGGAUUGUGUACCGCGUCUAUUCUUGCGACGCGUACACACGAGAAUUUCUCACGAGUCAAGGCAUUGACGUGUCAGAGCCAGAGGACCUACCGCAAGAUCCGUAUACGAAGAAUCGCAAAGAAUCCGGUGUGAUCGGUGUACUCUCACACACUUCCAAGUCGUUCGACGACAAACUUUACAAAUUCCUCGAGUACGACGGCAUGGUGUUGUCGUUCGAGGCAAGUUGGAACGACGAGCAGUACCGGAUAAUGUACUUCUUGGUGGAUGACACGAUCGCCGUAUGCGAAGUCAGAAGACCGAACGACGGCAAAGACAUGAGAGGCUGUUUGAUGCUGAAAAGAACGAAGGUGCCGAAGAGCUGGACGGACGUGCCGUCGAGCUACGCUGGAGCUUAUUUGGAGAAGACCGACCAAGAGGUUAAGGAGUAUUAUUCACCGAAAGAUCUAAAGAUUGGUGAGACAAUUUUCAUCUUCGGUCGGCGUUUCUUCUUGCAUGACUGUGAUCCUUUUACUCGUCGUUACUACUCGACGAUAUUGCGCUUCGAUCAGCCAGCAAGGAUACCAUUGCUGGAUCUCUGCCCAAAGCCCAAGUUCUGCAUUAAACGAUCGGAUGAGACAAAGCAUCGCGACCUGAUACGUCAACUUUACAAUUUUCCAAAACGACUUCGUUAUAGUUUGGCAAUGGAGGCUUGUCAUCCUGAAGACGUUGGUCGUGAAUUCAUUAUGGAAUACAGUUUAGCUGACGGUUGCAUCAGAAUUAACGAGCGCGACAAGAAGAAUUCCGGUAGAAAAGCUGGUCGUUUUCUCAGUUGGGUACGAAUACCAAAACCUGCUACCGACGAUUAUUACACACCUGAAGAUUUUGCUAUCGGAGCGAGAUUGAAUAUAUUCGGGCAUUGGUUUUUGAUUACUGGGACUGAAGUUUUCGUGUACAAGUAUAUGAUGGCCAAUCCUGACAAGUUUGAUGCGAGUUUGAGGGAUGCGGUGAAGAGAUUUUUAAAGGAUAAAGGAUUGAUUGAUGAAGAGGAAAAAGUUGAGUGUAAGUGUGAGGAUGAGAAAGAAGAAAAUGAUAAAGAUGAUCAGGUUGAUUGUUGAGGGGGCUUAAUAAA